AUGCCUCUCUCUGGAACCCCAGCACCCAACAAGAGGAAAAAGUCUUCCAAGCUCAUCAUGGAGUUGACGGGCAAUGUGCACAGUGAAGGUGAUCAGGAUGGCUCCGGUCUUAACCUGGGAAAGAAAAUAAGUGUCCCAAGAGAUGUCAUGCUGGAGGAGCUGUCUCUGCUCAGUAACCGGGGGUCCAAGAUGUUCAAACUCCGUCAGAAGAGGGUGGAGAAAUUCAUCUACGAAAACAACCCCGAUGUAUUCUCCGACAAUUCAGUGGAUCACUUCCAGAAGUUUAUCCCACCUGGCACAGAAGGUGGUGUUCAAGGGAGCGGCUAUGGUAUCAUGCAUGGAAGCGGCCAGAUGGUGUCUAGCAUAUCAGUGAGCCGGUACGGAUCUCAACAGCAACAUCCGCCUAUGCCCGCACCCAAACCUGGAAGUGCUGGACACCAUGGGGGUCCUGGAGCAGGGCAACACGGUGGCCAAACAGGUGCAGGAGCUGGGACUGGUGGAAGUGAAGGUGGAAGUGGGCAAGGUGGCCAACAGGAUCAGAAGGCUGGCAGUGGAGGAGGAAGUGGAAAACAAGUUACUAUCUUCAAGACCUAUAUCUCCCCUUGGGAGAAAGCCAUGGGAGUUGACCCGACGCAAGCAACAGCCAUCGGCAUAGACUUGCUAUCUUUGGGUCCCAAAUCUGAACUUUGCGAUUACAAGUCUUUUAACAGGUCUGCAAUGCCUU